ACUACCUGAAUUAGUUCAUGAUCUCUUAAAACGUCCACUCUUUGGAAUUUCUGAUAUAAACACCUUCAAUCCAGAAAUAAUAAUCAGUGGAGAAGUUCUUUUGAGCAAAGGUCAUCAUCAAAAAUUUGUUGCCGCUAGGACAGAAUCGAAUUUUAUAGUAUCAGUGUUUGACUCAGUGAGCAAAGAAAUUCAUUGUUUCUUAUAUGUGUGCUACGAAAAAGGACUAUGCAAGGUUAAGAUGAGGUCCAAGAUAUGGGAGAAACAGCCUGAAAACUCUUCCUUAAGUUUUAAGAUCCAAAAAGUUGUUAAAUGGUUGACUGCAGAUGAUUUUAAAUUUAAAACUCCUCCUAAUGCUGCUGUGUGUCCUAAACAAUACUAUCUGACAUAUAAUCAUCUAAAAGAAAAGUAUGCCCAAGACAUAUUUGAUGCUUGGGACAUGCAAACAGAUCCAAGUAAAUUCAUACAUGAAGAUAUUGGUAUAGCAUCAUAUCUUAUCUGUCUUUGGAAAUCUCGAUAUGCAGAUAAUGCUCAAGACUAUGUUAAAUUUGUUGAUAUAGGUUGUGGAAAUGGGCUUCUUGUUUACCUCCUAAAUCAAGAGAAAUUUAGUGGCAUCGGUAUAGAUGUUAAAUCCAGAAAUAUUUGGUAUACAUUGUUUUCUAAUAGUAAAUUGUGUGAGAAAUUUUUUGACCCUCAGAGCUGGAAUGAAAUCUCGGAUCACAACUGGCUAAUAGGAAAUCAUUCAGAUGAACUUACCCCUUGGUUGCCAUAUGUAGCAUCAAUGAUUUCAUACAACUGUGAUUUCUUUGUCUUACCCUGCUGCACGUGGAAUUUUACUGCCAAGUACUCUAGAACAAACGCUACUCUCUCCACAUACCACUGUUUUGACUUUGUAGAGUCAGUAAUAUCUGAUUUUGGGUUCAAGUAUCAACGAGAUAUGUUAAGGGAGGAGAAAACCGCUUGGUCUGCAGGCAAAUCUAUUCAUCUGAAAGAAAUAAUUUCUGCUAUCAAACAAAACAUUGACUUUGAAGAGGCUCUUAAAGACCAAAAUGGAGGUAUCCAAACUUUUUUGAGAAAUUUCCAUCAGUUAUUUACCAUUAGAAAUGGUAUGGUUUCCCUGAGAGACUGGUCAAAGGAAACUAAAAAGUCCAGCUAUCGGAAAACGCCCAACAGGAAAUAUGACAGCGCAGCUUUAAAGAAGUCGAAACGUGUUGGUUUUAUGAACAUCAUCCCAAGGUUGUAA